UCUUCUUCUUCUUCUUCUUCUUCUUCUCUUCUUGCAGCUGUUUCUGUCCAUUGACGUGUGGUCCGCCUCUGUUUCUGUUCAGUGAUUUUUUUCCAAAACAUUUGCCAGAGAUGUCCGAAGGUCUGCGGUCCGAGCUGGAGACGUACCUGGAGACUCUGAGCAUCCAGACGAGCUGCGUGGAGCACCCACCGGUGUUCACGGUGGAGGAGAUGAUGCCUCACCUGCAGGAAGUGAAUGGGGCCGUCACUAAGAACCUCUUCCUGAAGGACAAGAAGAAGAAAGGCCUGUGGUUGGUGUCGGCUCGCCACGACCGCCAGGUGAACCUCAACGACCUCGCCAAGAAGCUCGGUGUUGGCAGCGGUAACCUGCGCUUCGCAGACGAGGCGGCCAUGUUGGAGAAGCUCAAGGUGGGUCAAGGCUGUGCAACGGCUCUCGCUCUGCUCUUCGAUAAGGACCGGAGUGUGAAGUUCGUCCUGGACCGUGACCUGGUGGAGGGAGGCCACCACAUGGUCUACUUUCACCCCAUGACCAACACGGCCACCAUGGGGCUCCGACCAGACGACCUGCUGCGCUUCCUCAAGGAGACUGGACACGAACCCGUCCUGGAGAGCUUCGAGUAGCAUGGUAACCUGGACCUGAACCGGGAAGAAAACUGGACCUGAGUAUCCUGCAGGGGUUAAACCAGGACACGAAACAAACUCAUUCUGCCUUAAAUAUGAUAAAAUGGAACCCACGUCUUUAGUCAGAAGCUGAAGAGAAACUUUUAUUUUGUAGCCCACAACAGUCGGUCAGAAAAACGUUUUCAUAAAAAUUGAAAUGAUUUAUUUUAGAGACAAAUCAGCCCAGGAGCAACAGUUUUUAUGCAUGCACACACACACACGCACACACACACACACACACACAGACGUUUGUUUAGUCUGCAGCUGAGAGCAGAGACGUCGACGUGUCCUCGCUCAGCAGCUCUCACACAUCGAACUGACGUGUGAAGUUGGUGUUGAGGCUGAAACGAACCCCAGCCAGCUCGUCUGUUUACAGGAGGCUGAUCUGCUGGGAGACCUCGAGUCCCGGCCUUCAUCAGCUUCAUCAGCUUUAUUGACAGUAUGUAUGUUGUUACACACACACACUGAAUUCAUCUUCUGCAUUUCUCUGCAUCUCCUUAGUUGAACACACACAUGCAACACCCGGCACACACAGGAGCAGUGGGCAGCAUCAAGCGCCCGGCGAGCAUACUGGGGGGUUAAGUGCUUUGCUCAAGGGCACAUCAGCCUAACGGAGGGGGGGAGCAUUUUUCGCAUUAAUCACUCCACCACACCCAAAUUCCCCCACCUUUCCCGUCCGGUGGGGGAAUGGAACCGGUGACCCUCCGAUCACAAGCCGCCUCUCCCACCUCCAGGCCACGGCUGCCCCCGUGGCUGUGGAUCCUGUCUGACGUACACGGUUGCAGACCACCUAAACCCCCUCAAAAUUACUUUGAGAACUUUGAUUUUGUUUGAUUUCAUCAGACCGCUGGUGAAACAUUCGUCCUGAGGGUGGCACGAGAGGAAACAUCACGGACUCACUGAGGUGAACCAAAGUGUUCAGGAGGUCACAGACAUGGACGGUGUAGUGCUUUUAUUUUGAAAGGACCACCAGGAAUGCUUGCACUUGGCAGGUCCAUCAGCCUGCAGCUGAUUACCAAAGGUUCCUGAGCUGUGUGUGUGUGUCUGUGUGUGAAGUGCUCCCUCUCUGCAUUCUUAAUGAGACUGUGUAUUGUUGUAUUGUUGUGUAAAAUUAGCAAAUGAAUAAACGUCACGUACUGACA